UUAAUGCAAAUUUUUUAUUACAAAGAUGCUUAAUAUAACACAUACAGUAUAAUAUCUCAUUUAGAGGCCUCGUCCAUUUACCCCUUAUAGCAAAAAAAAAAAUAAAUAAAAGAUAUAGCAUAGAAAAAUAUGAAUUCCUUUUUGGAUAAUGAAGAAAUCAAUCAAGAAGUCCAAGAAACUAUAAAGCAAAAAUGGACUUUAACUGAAGAGGAUCUCAAGCGACAAUUUACUGACGCCGAAUUAAAGAAGUUGUGUUUAAAACAUAAAUGCCGGGUGGACAUGUUUAAAUGGAAUCCGGUGAAUGAAAUGCGCGAAAAGCUUUUAAAAGAUGGACGAUUUAAACAACGUUCAAUCGCCUAUUGCCUACGUUUAACAGCUAAAGGUGUUAAUAAAUACAAGCACAAAAUAAUCUACGAUCCAAAAACUAUACAAAAGUGGCGGGAGGAAGAUUGGCGUGAUCGUUUAAAGAAUAGUAUUUUGAGUUUAGGAAUGUGGUUGGCGGACGAAAGAGAAGAACAGCAAGAUGAAGAGCCAUUUCAGCAUUUAGACGCUCAGCUCGAACCAGCGGAAUUUGUGCGUUUUGACAACGAACUACCUGCCAGCACUGAAAGAACGUUUGAGGGCAGUUUGGAAGACAUCCGACCAGAAAUACGUGAAGCUUUGGAUAUUAAUACCGAGUCAAUGUCGCUUAAUACUCAGGAUGUCUUAGACUCGCAACCCAUUUCCGCGCUAACAAAUUACGAUGAGUUUGAUGACAGAAUACAAUUGACUUCAACUCAGGAACAGGAAUUGAAUUUGGCAAAUCCAAUAAUAUUUUGAGCGGUUCUUCUUUAUCGAUGAGUUUAAUAAAAUAUGGGUUAUAUAUCAAACUUCAUUCUUUAAAUACGUCUUGCCAAGCUCACGAUAUGAAAUGCUUCUUCUUUUUCGUUAGUGCAUAACUUGUAAUUAAAAAGUACUUAGCAUUACCAGAUGUACUCCAAAAGCCAUGUUUGCCAUGUCGCUAAAGAUCUUGCAAAAUUUCAUUCACAGCGAUUUUUAAACGGUGUGAUAUUGAGCAAAAGACUAAUUGAUAUUGUUGCCGUGUUUACAACACAAAUUGAUAUUGAAAAAAUAUUUUAUUUUGUCAACUAAGUUAGUAGAUUAGGAAAAAUAAAAUCUAUAACUUAUUUUAGAUUUUGUUAUCUAAAAAAAGUGAUACGCCUUUUCAAUGUAUACGUAAAAAUGUCAGAGAUGAAAAUUUUUUCCCAAUAUUCAAUUAAUUGUGUCUUUAAAAUAACCA